AUGGGAACGGAAGUAUUGAGGCCACAAAAUUGUUUAAGGGAACCUCAGCCGGCGACGGUGUUUCAUCGUCGGAAAACCGGAAAUGGGUAUUAUAACAACUACGGCUACCGGAAGCCGGUGGUCAGAACGGAGAAGAAGAAAUUGAACAACAAGAGCCAGAACCAGAACCAAAACCAUUCUGAGCCGUUGAUAUCGAGGAGAUCGUCGGCCGAAGGUGGAAAAGUGACGGGCUACGUCACGAUUUUAAGAAGGGGCGAGUCGUUGGAUUCUCUAAACCCGAAGAUCGGGUCGGGUAAGAAGAAAUCUGAGUUGACGGUUUACGGAACCGGAAGAUUGGGUCCAGAGCAACCCGGAAUGGUGCCGAAGCAAAUUCGGGUCGGGUUUUCCCCGGCCGACAUGUACGCCGGAUCGGCAGCGUUCUCGAAUUCGCCGUCGCCGAGAUCACUUCCUUUACCUUCUUUUUUUAACAACAGCAAAAAGCAAGUAGAGUUCAAGUCGUUUGAUGAUUUUGCCACCAGAGAUUUAAGGCGGUUGCUCCGACUUGAGUAG